AGCUCUUUAGUAGUAACCGUAGAAGUACUCGUGCCGGGCGUAGUACGUGCUGCGUCGUUCCGUAGGCGCGCGAGCCGGUCGUUUCGUGUUCAUAUUAUACUUUAAUAAUAAAUAUAUUAAUGAUAUUGCAAUAUUGUAUCGUCGUGUGUGUUAAAAAUAAUUAAUCUUAUAAUAUACAGUAUUGUCUCAUCAUAUUUUUUUGCCGUCCUAAUUGUGCGUACGUUUAUUGCGAAUAUUCAAAUAUACAUUAAAUAAUUUUUUAUUCGUCCGAAAACUGCCGACACGUACAACUAAAACAGCCGAUAAUAUGCAGACAACGAUCGUCGUCAAACGGUGUUGAGCACUAGCCAGUGUAGGGACGACAUUCGAAGUCGCUAUGAAGGCGGUCGGAGGGUUCGUCUUGUUGAUCCACGUUUUGGCGGGAUUAUGGCCUACAGCCGAUUGUUCCAAGUUUACCGCCGAUGAACUGCUUUGCUCGAUUUAUCCGAAAAAAAUGUCUAAUGAUGUCGAUUUAGACCCCUGCAAAGCCGGUAAUUUUAUGGGUGAUAUAGCCGUACCCGAUGUAGAGUACACUAACAAAAAAGAAAAAGACAGAAGGGCAUAUGCAGAAAAAGUUGAAAAAUACAAAAAAGAAAUCAACGAAGGGCUGCAAAUCGAAGAAGAGGGUAUCGUACCAGCAGGGACGAGUAAGUCAAUUGAUGUACCGCAGAUCAAGAUAAGACACAGGCAUAACAACAGGACAAGGAAAAACCACUUGAACAAGAGAAAAAACGAUGAUCAUCGGGAUAAAACUGCAGUUAUUGAUAAUUCUCUAAGCAGGGACAUUGUCCAUUUGAGGAGACGUAGAGCGGCCACGGCAAGAAAAGAAAGGGUAUGGGAUUUUGGCGUAAUACCUUACGAGAUCGACAGCAGCUUCGGCGGUCCGCACAAAGCACUGUUCAAACAAGCCAUGCGGCAUUGGGAAAAUUUUACUUGUAUUAAAUUCGUCGAACGUAAUCCAGACGAGCAUCCUAAUUACAUUGUGUUCACCGAAAGACCUUGUGGAUGCUGUUCUUUCGUGGGCAAACGUGGCAACGGUCCGCAGGCGAUAUCUAUAGGCAAAAACUGCGACAAGUUUGGCAUUGUCGUGCACGAGCUUGGACAUGUGGUCGGCUUCUGGCACGAACACACCAGGCCGGAUCGUGACAAUCACGUGCAGAUCGUGAGAGAUCACAUCAUAGUCGGACAAGAAUACAAUUUCAAUAAAUUAACCGAAGAAGAAGUAAAUUCAUUGGGCCUUCCAUAUGAUUAUGAUUCCAUCAUGCACUACGCUAAGAAUACGUUUUCAAAGGGAUCGUAUUUAGAGACCAUACAUCCGAUCGAUGCGGUAAGAAAUUUGAAGAAACGCCCUGAAAUCGGUCAACGAGUUCGUCUCAGUGAAGGAGAUAUAGCCCAGACGAAGCUUUUGUACAAAUGUUAUAGAUGUGGAAAGACCUUGCAGGAAAACAGUGGCAUUUUCGGUUAUUCGCCUGAACCUGGGCAGGAGUACGGAGACAGGUGCGAAUGGCGUAUUACAGCCACCCACGGCGAACGCAUUGUGCUUAAUAUCACUGAACUCGACAUAUUGAAAUCGGACCAAUGCAGCACUGAUUAUUUGGAAAUCCGAGACGGGUACUGGCACAAAUCUCCUCUGCUCGGCAGGUUUUGCGGGAGUGUUCGCAUCCAAGACCUUAUUGUGACUGGCAACAGCAGAAUGCUCAUCAGUUUUAUGAUAUCUGACAAAGGUACAAAAUACAAAGGAUUCACUGCGAAUUACGAAGCCGUUUGUGGAGGAGAAGUCAUGGUGACUGACGAACAAGGGCACUUGGAAUCUCCCAAUUUUCCAGACGAUUAUUUACCGAACAAAGAGUGCGUUUGGAAACUUACAGCACCAGAGGGAUACCAAGUUGGAUUGAAAUUUAACGUAUUCGAGAUCGAAAACCACGACAAUUGCUUCUACGAUUACGUGGAGAUUAGAAACGGACAUUCAGCCGACAGCCCUUUGAUAAACAAGUAUUGUGGCUACAAGUUACCUUUGGACGUCCACUCCAGUACGAACAAACUGUACGUCAAAUUUCUGUCAGACAGCUCCGUGCAGAAGGCCGGAUUUUCUGCUACAUUUAUGAAAGAGUAUGACGAAUGUACAUCGGUGGACCACGGAUGCGAGCAGUUCUGCAUCAAUACGCUGGGUGGAUAUGAUUGCGCCUGUAAGGUGGGCUUUGAGCUACAUUCGGACAACAAACACUGCGAAGACGCUUGCGGCGGUAUAAUCGAAGCUACCAAUGGCACGAUUACAAGUCCUUCAUUUCCAGACCUGUAUCCCGGAAAUAAAAGUUGCAUAUGGGAGAUCAUAGCGCCAAUUCAGUUCAAAAUCACACUGAACUUUACUCAUUUCGAUCUGGAAGGAAACAACUUACACCAGGCCGAAUGCGAAUACGAUCGAGUGGAGGUAUACAGUAAAAUCGGUUCGGACAAACUCCGGAAGCACGGCGUGUACUGCGGUCAAGAAGCGCCGUCCAUGAUCACUUCGGAGGCGAAUGCACUGCGCGUGGAAUUUGAGUCCGACAGCUCUGUGCACAAGACCGGAUUUGCUGCCGUUUUCUUUACCGACAUGGACGAGUGCGCCGUCAACAACGGUGGAUGCCAACAUGAGUGCAAAAACACACCAGGAUCAUACGAGUGCACGUGUAACAACGGGUUUACCUUGCACGAGAAUAAGCACGACUGCAAGGAGGGUGGUUGCAAGCAUGAGAUUUCGGCUCCACGUGACGUCAUCAGCAGCCCCAACUACCCGGAUUCUUAUCCGGGCCGGAAGGAUUGCGUCUGGCAUUUCACUACCACCCCGGGUCACAGGAUCAAAGUGCUCUUCGAUACUUUCGAAAUGGAACCGCACCAAGAGUGCGCGUACGAUCACAUCACCUUCUACGACGGGCCCACGCCGGAUUCCCAAACGCUUGGACGGUUUUGCGGCUCGAAGAUUCCGCACCCCAUAGUAUCCUCGUCCAAUCAACUGUACUUGGCAUUCAAAAGCGACGCUUCAGUGCAGCGUAAAGGAUUUUUGGCUACACAUAGCACGGUUUGCGGUGGUAGGCUUAUAGCCACGAACAACGUGAAACAUUUUUACUCGCAUUCCAACUACGGCGAUCUAAACUACGACAGUGACGCUACGUGCGAAUGGACCAUCGAAGCCAAAGCCAACAUGAACGUGCACUUGACGUUCUUGACUUUUGAACUGGAAGACGAAAAGGAUUGCAUGUACGAUUACGUGGAAGUGUGGAGCAGUUUGGAUACGAGUGGACCGUUCUUCGGAAAAUUCUGCGGACCAACCAACCCGACGGAUGUGAUAUCCACUAACGACGCUCUGUUGCUCCGGUUCAAGACAGACAGCACUAUCGUGAGCAAAGGAUUCUCCGCGUCGUACAUAGCCGUAGAGUCGAUGAACCCCAGCGUCGAGUAUUCGUCACUAACUGACGAAGACGACGUCGACUUGGCUUAUCACAAGACCAAAAAGAACAAGAAGAAAAAGAACAAAUCGUCACCACCGUCGUCAAACCAGACGAAUGGCAAUGCAGACAACGAUGAUGACGACGACAACGACGGUGGAGGCGGUGGUGAUGAAGACGACGAUGACGAAGACGACGAGGACGAAGACAUGCUUGCCGUCAAGAGUCCGUAAUGGAGA